GCGAGCGCGGCCGGAGGAGCGGAGCGGGGCGGCGGGCGCGGAGCGGAGCGGGGGCAGGGGCAGCAUGGAGCGGGGGGUGUGCGUCUUCGGGGACCCCAAGGUCGAACUUCACGUCCACCUGGAUGGAGCCAUUAGACCAGAAACAAUCUUGCACUUUGGCAGGAAAAGAGGGGUUCCUCUCCCCGGCAGCACUGUUGAUGACCUCCUGAAGCAUGUCAGCUACAAAACACCACUGACACUUACCCAAUUUCUAGAGAAGUUCAAUCACUACAUGCCUGCCAUUGCGGGUGACCGUGAGGCGGUGAGGAGGAUCGCCUACGAGCUCGUGGAAACGAAAGCAAAAGAAGGCGUCAUCUACGUGGAGGUCCGGUACAGCCCUCACCUCCUGGCCAACUGCCGCGUGGAUCCCAUCCCCUGGGGCCAAACCGAGGGAGACCUCACUCCAGAUGAAGUCGUUAACCUCGUAAAUCAGGGACUACAGGAUGGAGAAAGGGAUUUCCGCAUCAAAGCCAGGUCUAUUCUAUGCUGCAUGCGCCAUAUGCCAAGCUGGUCUCCGGAGGUGGUGGAGCUCUGCAAGAAGUAUCGAAACAACUCGGUGGUGGCCAUCGACCUGGCUGGGGAUGAGUCCCUGAAGGUGGAGAAUACCUCUGAGCAUAAGAAGGCUUACGAGGAAGCUGAAAGGUGCGGGAUCCAUCGCACCGUCCAUGCUGGGGAGGCUGGCCCGCCUGCCAUGAUCAAGGAGGCAGUUUACCUCCUGAAGGCCGAGCGCAUUGGCCAUGGCUACCACGUCCUGGAGGACCCGGAGCUCUACAAGGAGCUGUUGAGAGCAAAGAUGCAUUUUGAGGUCUGCCCUUGGUCCAGUUAUCUCACUGGGGCAUGUCUUCCGGACUUUGGGAAACACCCAGUAGCACAAUUUAGGAAGGAUCGCGCUAACUAUUCCAUAAACACGGAUGACCCCCUCAUCUUUAACUCCAAUAUCGACAAGGAUUACAGCAUAGUGAAGGACUACAUGGGCUUCACUGAAGAGGACUUCAAGAGAGUGAACAUCAACGCAGCUCAGUCCAGCUUCUUACCCGAGAAGGAAAAGCAGGAGCUGCUCAAUACGCUGUACGAAGCCUACGGGAUGGUCCCCAACGCAUCGUGACCCAUCCCUGCGAGCCGGCGUGGAGCGGUGGCCCUUCUUCAUGCGUGCUUGACUCUCCUCUGUGCCAGUGGGAGCACUGGGAGAAGGUGCCCAGAGUCUGUCUCUAUUACUGGCGCCCCUGUGUUAACCCUUACAGUGCUAAGCAGAAUCAGGCUAUCACAUACACCUGCCUAUCACCCCCUCAAACUCUCUCCCAAAUGGAUGUCCAGCUUCCUAUCUUGCUGUUGUGCAAGCAGACUAAAACUGCCUCCUGGCCUGACUCCCUUCUCCGUCUGCCAGUCUUUCUGUACGGCGAAUGAGAACAAAAGAACCUCCCCUGCUUUUUCCUCCCCCCUCCCUCUUCCCCUGUUUUAUCUGUCCUGCCUAGCCCUUGAUAACCACCUUCAACUGUGACUGUGGCCUGGGUUAAUCUUCACCUUUCCAAGGAAAAGGUGGGUUGGUGCUGACAGGGAGUGAGCAGACAGGUCAGAAACAGAGGACUUAUUCUCAUCCGUGUAGGUAGGAGGGUUUGGCCGCAGCUAUAUUUACCCAGGGUUAGCCUUGUACUAACAAGACGAACAAGAACAAGCUGGAAGCUGGUGCUCUUGCCCACACGCAGGUCUAAAGGGCAUUUAAAAAAAAAAAAAAACCAACAAUUUUUUUUUUUUGCAUCCUUUCUUGGAUAAGGGCUCCCAUGUGUGAGGCCUCUCAGUGUCACCGCUGCAGAAGCGCACGCCCUGGGCUCAGGUUCCAGCUGUGCUCACAGCUGGCCAUGACCAUGCUCACACAUGCAUAGGAAGUUGGAAUGUAUUUUUUACCAUUUUGGGCUGAAAUCUGCCUUCUGGGACUUUUCCCAGUUUUGUACUCAUCCUGGAGAAUUCCGAUGAGCUGCAGUUUGCUCUUCCUCUAUCUUUGUUUAGGACUUGGAAAAACCAUGAUCGAUUGCCUGUUUUAACCAUUCUGCCCUUUUCCUGACUUGAUGUAAUCUUUAGGCACUAUUAAAACUGAGUAAGUAAAUUAAUAAGCCAGGGCCCAAUGUCACGUAUUGACUCGGGUCCCACCUCAGUUGCUUCUCUCAACCACAACGCUGGCUGGAAGCCAGAUCUUCAGUUUGGUGAAGAAUUUAUACAGAAAUAUUCACCCAAAUUCCCCAGCAGUUUUGGUGCGUUGUAGUAUUUUCACUUCAUAUGCAAUAGAGCCUGUGCAUCCAGAGAAAAGACCAUCAUUUUCUUAGGUGAGUGUGUGGUGUGCUUUAGCAUCCCGGGUGUCUGCCAAGAUGCUUCCUCCAAAGAUACUGUACCAAAAAGUUGCCUUUGACACGGGGCCGUGGUCACCGUUGCCACGGACUGUGGGUCUGACUGGUCCAGUCUCAGCCACCAGCAGCCACGUGCUGGGAGUAUUUCCAUUCUUUCUGGGCUUCCGUUUUUGUCUUCUGAGUAAAAUACUGAGCUCUGAAGUACAUGGUGCAUAUAUACAUACAUACGCACACACACACACACACACACACAUAUAUAUAUAGCUAGAUAGAUGGAUAUGAGAGAGUGAAUUUCUUACUUUUAUAAAGCAAAUUGUAGAGCAUCACUUUUAAGAACAUGACUGCGGUAAGAACUAGGCUUUUUUUGGGGGUAUUUUUUUUUUCUCCAAAAAUUGUUUCUGAAGGAAGAGUUGCUUGUUUGGAUUCUGGACAGUUGAUUGUUAAUCCUGUUUAAUAAAAAUAACAAAUUUAUAUUAAAAGACAAAUCCUCUUGCCUUUCUGUUCAAGGGUGACUGUUAGGAACCGUGGUCCCCACCAUGAGCCGUCCUACCCCUGCUAGAGCACGAGGGUCAGUCGAUCGGUGUGAUGGGGGCUUUGACAUCCCGAUUCCUGCCUUCUCCUGUUGCCAGGUCGGAGCACUUCGACAGCCGGAGGGAAGGUACCCCUGCUCCCGUGCUAGGCAGGCGAGUUGGAUGUAUGGAUGCGGGUUAUUCCAGCCUCGCUUGUCCUUUUCCCUUCGGCUGACAGGGUGAUGCUUGUCCUUAUGUCACCAGUGGAGAGUCUUCCUCAGGCCAGCCCUGCCUUGUCCUUGUGCCGGCCGUCCGUCCAUCCAUCCCAGCUGGGCUGUGGCUGCCUCCGGCGGGAUGGGCUCUGCCUGGGCUGGGUGGAAUGCUGCGAUGUCCUCGUGGGGAAGACGCCUCUUCUGCUGGUGUCCGGGACGCUCUGCCAAGUCCGAGCCAGCCUUGUGCUUGACUGCCGGGCUGGUAACGGGGAGGGGAGCAGGGCUCCCACGGGGGGGUGAAACACCCGUGGGGAUAAACGCUGCCUGGCAGCAAACCUGGGAACCUCGGGGAAGACUUUUAGCAUCUUCUGUGCUCUGCUUCCACCUGGGUGCUGCAAACCCGGGGGGUUUCACAGACCCAGAUGUCAGGGACUCUUAUAACCCAGCUCCUUAUCUCCCUGCUGGGAGAAGCUGGUGUAACCACUCUGCAGCUCAACCAGCUAGCGGGCAAAACAGAGGAAGAAGAAACACCCAGGCAGAAAAAAAAACCCAACACCUUCAGUACUUGAAGGCUGUGUUAUUUAUUCCAACAGCUUAUAUAGUUUUAUCAAACCAUCUUCAACACAAAAACAUGUCUCCUAAAAGAGAGAACGGUGUGAGAUCCUACCAGAGAUCAUCUCAGCUAACAGCUUGCAAAGUUAAGCCUGAAUUUCAACAGUCAAACCAGCAAAAUGUUUCUCCCCCCGCCCCCCCCCAACUUAACA